GAUCUUUAUACCAAAAAUGACUGGUGAUAUAUCUUACUCCAAGGUAAAAGUAACUUCACUGGGCACUGUAUUUACUGUGACUUUUUAUCAGUUUUUAUUUCUAAAAAACAUAAUUAUCCCAUGAUUUGUCCAACUUUUAAAAAUCAGAAUUCAACGUUUUAUGUGAACUGUGAGUCAUUGGUUCAAGCCCUUCAAGAACUGCCGCUCUCCCUCCGACUCAAUGUUGCUGCUGACUUGGUCCAGACAGCUCUUCCUUUAGAACUUCCUCCGGUGAAACCAAAGAGAAACGAAGGCAAGGGACUAGGGAUGCAGUUAAAAGGGCCCGUGGGUUCCAUCUCUGAGCUGAAACCUGCUGGCUGCCCGUUGUUCCCGGGCAAAGACGACCCCCGCCUGGCUGCUUUGGACGGGCUGCAGAGACAGGUUCCUCAGCUGCCGUCAGCAGCAGACCACCUGGAAGAAGAACUAGACGUGCUACUCAGUUUAGACGCGCCCGUCAAGGAGGGCGACCCCAUCUCUCCUGACCAGACACCUCAGAAUCUGGGACCCGAAGAGAAUAGGGAGCUGGCCCAAGAAGAAAAAGUUCUCAUGAAAUCCUCUAUGAUAGAAGAAAAGAAUUUGGAAUCAGAGCACCCAAGAACAUCAAAGAAUGUUACUGAAGAAGAGCUUGAAGACUGGUUGGAUAGCAUGAUAUCCUAGGAGGAAAAAGAGAAAAUGUCCCUGGAACACAUUUUGAUUGGCUUGUACGUGGGGGUAGCCUUACUGUCCUUACUAAAGCUGGCUUACAAGCAUGCCCUAAGCCCGAUGUGUGUUCCAUCUUGCUUCCUGCAGUCAAUGCCUAUUUCUGUUUGUCCCAUCUGAAAUACAUAUAAGAGAUGCGUUGUG